AUGGCUGGAGUCGAGAAGAGCGCAGCGAUCGAUGUCAGUCCUGACAACAAGUCGUCGCCAAUGGUGACGCCGAAGUCCUCUUCGCAAGAUGAUCGUGUGGUCGUCGUGGAUGGCAUUGAGGUCCAAGUACAGCCAAAAAGGUCUUGGAAAUCCUAUGUCUGGGAUACAUUCGACAAGUCUCCAGAGGAGCGCAAGUUCCUAUUCAAGCUGGACGGCAUACUGCUUACCUUUGCCUCAUUGGGAUACUUCAUCAAGUACCUUGACCAGAUCAACAUCAACAACGCUUUCGUUAGUGGGAUGAAAGAGGACCUCAACCUCUAUGGCAACCAACUGAACUAUAUGCAAACCUUGUGGACGGUCGGCUACGUCCUAGGCGAGGUGCCUAGCAACAUGUUACUUACUCGAGUGCGGCCAUCGAUUUGGAUCCCUGCCUGUGAAGUGACCUGGGCAACCCUGACCAUCUUGCUCGCACUCUGCAAGAAUGCUCAGCAGGUUUACGUGCUGAGAUUCUUCAUUGGUCUUGCGGAAUCGACCUUCUAUCCAGGGAUGCAGUACAUUAUCGGGAGCUGGUAUAGGCGAGACGAGCUGGCCAAGAGAUCGUGUAUCUUCCACGUUUCCAGUGCCAUUGGGACCAUGUUCUCUGGAUACCUGAUGGCGGCAGUCUAUCACCUUGAUGGCGUGGGGGGAUGGCAUGGAUGGCAAUGGCUGUUCAUCGUGAACACGAUCAUCUCCUUGCCAAUCGCGAUCGCAGGAUUCUUCUUCUUGCCCGAUAUUGCUCUAGCACAGAAACGAAUGGACCUUGAGGGUCGUGCAAAAAGAGCGCCGUAUACCAGAGCCAAGUUCGAGAAGAUCUUCAGCUCGUGGCACAUCUACAUGCUACCACUGCUGUACAUCUUCUUCAACAAUGGUGGGGGCGCACUCUCGCAGCCGGCUUUUCAGCUCUGGCUGAAGCAUCGAGGCUUCAGUGUUGAAAAGGUCAACCUCUAUCCGACUCUGACUUCGGUCGUGCAGGUGCUGAGUACACUGGCGUAUGCUUGGUCGUCCGACACCAUCUUCAAUGGCGAGCGUUGGCCACCAAUCGUAUUCUCGGCGUUCAUGAACCUCAUCGUGUACAUCUCGUUGACGGUAUGGAACAUUCCACUUGGCUGGCAUUGGGCAUGUUACUUCCUUGCAGGCUUCUCAGGUGGCAUCAGUGGCCUGACCUUUGCAUGGGCGCAUGAGAUUUGUAGUGACGACAACGAGGAGCGCGCCCUGGUCACAGGCACCAUGAAUGAGGCUGCGUAUAUCAUCCAGGCGUGGUUGCCGUUAUUAGUCUGGCAGCAAGUCGAGGCGCCAAGAUAUCCGAAAGGGUUCCCGACUAUGAUCGGGGUAGCCAUCGGGUUGCUCACCACGACGGCUGCGAUAAAGUGGCUGCAUGAACGGCAGAAGGCUCAGCGUAAGGAGGUCGUUCACGAAACCUGA